AUGAGCAAAACAUUAGACGGCCUGAAGCUCCACUUCCCAACGACGACCGAAAAACUUUCUGAUAUACCUCGAUGCGCGGUGAAAUUUGGGCGGAGGCCGGCGUUCGGCUGCCAGGUGGCGGUAGCGAAGAACGACGACAGAAUGUGUCGGUGGCGGCGGAGAAGGUGGCGGUGGAAUAAGUGUACCGACGGUGCAGAAGAAGAGAACGACUGCCCGAUCGAGGAAGUCCGGCUGACGGUGUCGCCGGACGACGACCCUUCCUUGCCGGUGCUCACCUUUCGCACGUGGCUUCUCGGGCUAACGUCAUGCGUGAUGUUGGCGUUCAUCAAUCAGUUCUUCGGCUACCGACAGAACAGCCUGUCGGUCUCGGCCGUGGUGGUGCAGCUGGUCAGCCUUCCGCUGGGGAGGCUGCUGGCAAGGGUCCUUCCGGCAACCACUUUCACCGUGCCGUUUUUGGGCUGGUCCUUCUCCCUCAACCCGGGCCCGUUCAACCUCAAGGAGCACGUCCUCAUCACCAUCUUCGCCAGCUGUGGCUCGUCGGGGGUUUACGCCAUCUCCAUCGUUACAAUUGUUAGGGCUUUCUAUCACCGGCAGCUGCAUCCACUGGCCGCUUGGUUAUUGGCUCAGACCACGCAGAUGCUUGGUUAUGGAUGGGCAGGCAUAUUUAGGAAUAUCUUGGUUGACUCCCCCUAUAUGUGGUGGCCUGAAAACAUGGUUGCUGUAUCUCUCUUCAGAGCUUUGCACGAGAAAGAAGUGAGGACCAAAGGAAGCCUAUCCAGACUGCAUUUCUUCAUUGUAAUGUUUGUAUCGAGCUUCGCAUAUUACAUCGUCCCGGGCUUCUUUGCACCCUCAUUAUCCUCAAUCUCCAUCCUCUGCCUAAUCUUCAAAGACAAGAUAUUCCCACAACAGAUCGGGUCGGGCAUGCACGGCUUGGGAAUCGGCUCGUUCGCCCUCGACUGGGCAACCGUCAGCUUCUUUGGGAAUCCCAUUUCUACCCCGGGAUUUGCCAUCAUCAACAGCCUCGUGGGCUUCUUCUUCGUUAUGUACAUCAUGACCCCAUUGGUUUAUUUCAACAAUGUGUACCACGCCAAGAGGUUCCCAAUCUUCUCGACCAAGACGUUUGAUGUGACCGGCCAUCCUUAUAACAUCUCACGCGUUUUGAAUGAGGAGACUUUUAGUCUCGACAUGCCCGGAUAUGAGGGUUACAGCAAGUUGUACAUCAGCAGCUUCUUUGCCUUCACUUAUGGCAUUGGAUUUGCUGCCCUCACCUCUACUAUUAGUUAUGUCGCACUUCAUCAUGGGAAAAAUAUUAUGGAUUUGUGGAGUAAAACAAUGAAUGGCAUACAUGGGAAAAUGGACGUGCACGGGAGAUUAAUGAAGAAAAACUAUGAAGCUGUGCCAAACUGGUGGUUUUACGCCAUUCUUGGUGUCGUGUUUGGUCUCUCUUUGUGGGCUUGUGAAGGUUUUGGCAAACAGCUCCAGCUUCCCUGGUGGGGGCUUAUCAUGGCUUGCGCUAUGGCUUUGUUCUUCACCUUACCAAUCGGCAUCAUUCAGGCCACCACGAAUCAGCAAAUUGGGCUAAACAUCAUAACCGAGAUGGUUAUAGGUUACAUUUACCCGGGAAGGCCCCUAGCAAAUGUUACUUUCAAAACGUACGGAUACAUAAGCAUGGUACAAGCACUUGGGUUCGUGAGUGAUUUCAAAUUGGGUCACUAUAUGAAGAUCCCUCCCAAGUCCAUGUUCAUCGUGCAGUUGGUUGGCACCAUAGUUGCAUCGAGCGUGUACUUCAGCACAUCGUGGUGGCUCCUCUCGACUGUGGAGAACAUCUGCAACACGUCCCUUUUGCCCGAAGGCAGCCCGUGGACGUGCCCUGGUGAUGAAGUCUUCUACAACGCGUCCAUCAUAUGGGGGGUGAUUGGUCCCCUCCGAAUGUUCACGAGCCAAGGGGUCUACGCAUCCUUGAACUGGUGGUUCCUGGUCGGACUCCUAGGCCCCGUCCCUGUGUACCUUCUCGGGCGCAAGUACCCACACAAGAAAUGGAUCAAGCUCAUAAACGUGCCACUCAUACUGAGCGCCACAGCCAGCAUGCCACCGGUGAGGGCGGUGAACUACAUCAUGUGGGGGGCGACUGGCAUCUUCUUCAACAUCUACGUGUAUAGGGUGUACAAGAAGUGGUGGGCACACUAUGCUUACGUGUUGUCCGCUGCCCUCAAUGCCGGGAUUGCUUUCAUGGGGGUGCUUCUCUUUCUGACCCUGCAGUCCAGGGAUAUCUGGGGACCCGACUGGUGGGGUUUGAUGUCAGACGACCACUGCCCACUGGCCACGUGCCCUACCGAGCCUGGGGUGCUCGUUAAGGGCUGCCCUGUCCUGUGA